AUGCUUUCCAUCAACAUUCCAAAGCAUGCUACGCCCGAUCAAUACGAAUUGGGUGAAGUUCUUUCCCUUACCGUAGAACGCCCUACCGACAUUUUGAUCAAAGUCCAUGCUGCGAGUGUCAACCCGAUCGACGUCAAGAAAGCGGCAGGGGCAACCAAAGCUGUUCUUAAGGACAGCUUUCCCUACAAAAUCGGCUAUGAUUGCGCCGGCACGGUCUUGGAUACCGGAUCCCAAGUGACACGAUUUAAAGCUGGUGACGAGGUUUUUGUUAGAUUGCCAGAAUGUCAUCGGGGAUCGUGGAGUGAGCUGGCAAGGUCAACUGAAGAAUUUGUUGCAUUGAAACCGAACGCUAUUUCGAUGGAGGACGCUGCCUCCAUUCCCUUGGCGUGUAUGACGGCACUGCAGGCGCUGCGGGGUUACGAAGGAAAUCUCGAAGGAAAGACCGUCUUUAUACCUGCUGGUUCGAAGAAUAUUUUCAGAGCUGGCAAGGUAAUCACCACGGUCUCCACCAGCAAAGUGGACAAAGUGAAGGAGCUCUUGGGCGAAGGGGUGGUUGAUGAAAGUGAGUCGACUGCAUUCUGGUAUUUUGCCGCGCAAAAGCUCACAUUUACGCUAUCAGUCAUUGAUUACAAGAAGUCAGAUCCUAUGACUGUAAUUCCUCCACGAUCGGUGGACUUCAUCUUUGACACCACAGGGAGUGCAAUGGAGUAUCUAUCAUUGGUGCGCCUGAAGGGAGCCAUUGUUACAGUUUCCAUACUCACAUCGGGGGACGUGCUCCAAAACUCGAGCGUUAUGCGAAAAUCGCCAGACAAGCAAGACAAGGCAAUCGUGCCCUUCCCUAUCCGUAUUGCCCUGAAUUUUAUGGACUGGAUCCGAAGGGCGCGCGCAUCUCCGUAUGGGGUCAAGUAUUCAUCUAUUUUCUUGGAACCAAACGCGACCGAUCUGAAUUCUAUUCGAGAAUGGGUAGAAACAGGAAAGGUGAAAACGAUUGUGGGAACAAAAGUGCACUUCAAGGACCUUACCGCGGUCCGUGAUGCAUGUCAAGUGGUAUAUUGUGGGAAAGGGGGCAUUGGAAAAUCUGUAAUUCUGUUCGUUUGA